UGCAAGUUUGACUGCCAUUAGAGUUUCCUUCAAAUCCCAAUACAGUUUGAGAAUUUGGACCGCCUACGACAAUUGUUCGUUUUGUUUUUCACAAGUUUCGCCAUUUUGUUUCUGAAAAUGCUUCAACUUUUCACUGUAACUGGGAAACUAUAGCCGUAGGCGGAAAUUUCUCACUGGGAAUUUGAUUUCCAGGAAACCCACUUGCUGGAUGAGUAUUUUCCACACAGUUCCUGUUUACAGAACCUCAGGAACGCGAAAGAAUUGCAAUGAUUUUUCGUAGCAGAAAGAAAGUGAAUGAUUCUGAAUCAUUCGGAAUCUGGUGGUUUUGAAGAGAUUUGAAAUGAAUUCUUUCAGGGAAAUACCCGGAGAAGGAUGAUGCAGGGGCUUCACCACCAGCAGCAGCAAUUGGCGGCACUUCUCAACGUAGCCCUACCUAAGGAUGAUCCUAAUGCCACUGCCUCCACUUCCAUUUCCACCACUGCUUCCUCCGAUGAUGACGACUCUGCUCGAAUUGCAGCUAUCAAUUCAAUCCAUCGCGCCAUUGUUUAUCCACCCAAUUCUCUUCUUGUUACUCACUCCGCCACUUUCCUCUCCCAGGGCUUCUCUCAGCUUCUAUCUGACAAGUCGCACCCGGUGAGACAGGCAGCAGCCGUUGCAUAUGGUGCUCUUUGUGCCGUCUCAUGUUCAAUCGCUUUGUCACCAAAUGGGAGACAGAAUAGUGUACUACUUGGGACUUUGGUUGAUCGAUUCAUUGGCUGGGCAUUGCCAUUGCUAAGCAAUGUCACUGCAGGUGAUGCAACCACCAAGUUGGCAUUGGAAGGACUGCAAGAGUUCAUUAAUAUUGGAGAAGCUGGUGCUGUCGAGAGAUAUGCUUUGCCAAUCCUCAAAGCAUGCCAAGUACUUCUUGAGGAUGAGAGAACCCCUUUGUCUUUGUUACAUGGGCUCUUAGGAGUUUUAACCUUGAUUUCUUUGAAGUUUUCUAGAUGCUUCCAGCCUCAUUUCCUUGAUAUUGUUGAUCUGCUUCUAGGUUGGGCAUUGGUUCCAGAUCUAACUGAAUCAGAUAGGCACAUCAUUAUGGAUAGUUUCUUGCAGUUUCAGAAGCACUGGGUGGGUAAUUUGCAGUUUUCUCUGGGAUUACUGUCAAAGUUUUUGGGUGACAUGGAUGUAUUACUUCAAGAUGGGAGCCCCGGGACACCACAACAAUUCCGUAGGCUACUUGCGUUGCUUUCUUGCUUUUCAACAAUUCUUCGUUCUACUGCUUCUGGAUUGUUGGAAAUGAAUCUUCUUGAGCAAAUAAGUGAACCUCUUUCAAGAAUGCUUCCCCAGUUGUUGGGAUGUUUAUCUAUGGUUGGACAUAAGUUCGGAUGGUUAGAGUGGAUUGAGAAUUUGUGGAAGUGCUUGACUCUUUUGGCGGAAAUAUUACGUGAACGUUUUUCCACCUUUUAUCCACUUGCAAUUGAUAUCCUAUCCCAAAGUUUGGAAAUGACCAGGGCUAACCAUGUAAUGAGAGGUCAGAAGAUUACAUUUCUUCAAGUUCAUGGUGUUUUAAAAACUAACCUUCAGUUAUUGUCCCUUCAAAAACUUGGACUGCUGUCAUCAUCUGUGCACAGAAUAUUGCAAUUUGAUGCACCAAUAUCUCAGCUACGACUGCAUCCAAAUCACUUGGUAACAGGAAGCGCUGCCGCCACUUAUAUAUUCUUGCUUCAGCACAGGAAUAAUGAAGUUGUUGAAAAAACAGCGACUUUAUUAAUGGAAGAGUUAGAAAUGUUCAAGGGCUUGUUAGAAAAGGGUUUAGAUCAAGGAGAUGUCAAUGUUAUUAUUGAUUCUCAAAUCUAUUCGAAUAUUGAUUUGUUUGCCCUCGUUAAAUUUGAUUUGAAAGUCUUAUUGACCUGUACCAUCUCUAGUGGAACUAUUGGUUUGAUAGGCCAAGAAAACGUUGCUUUCUCAUGUCUAACAAGGUCAGAAAGAUUGAUUUCCUUCAUAAUGAAUAAACUGAAUCCUUUUGACUUUCCAAUUCAGGCGUAUGUGGAACUGCAAGUUGGUAUCCUUGAUACAUUGGACAGGUUGACUACAACUGAAUUAUUUAGCAAAUGGUCUUUGAAGAAACUGAGUAGCGAGAAUCAUUUUGUAGAUAUAGGCAAAAAGGUAGAUGAAGACUUUCUGAAGAAGGACCAUUCAGCUAUUAUUAUUGAGCAACUAACGAAAUACAAUACGCUCUUCUCCAAAGCCCUUCAUAAAUCUUCUCCACUAACAGUUAAAAUAACAACCCUGGCAUGGAUUCAAAGAUUCUGUGAGAAUGUCAUUAUUAUUUUUAAUAAUGACAAAACAUAUGCUAAUUUUUAUGAAGCAUUUGGAUAUGUUGGUGUUGUAGGAAACUUGAUAUUCAUGGUAAUUGAUGCUGCAUCUGACAGGGAGCCUAAGGUGAGAUCUAAUGCAGCUUCGGUAUUGGAGCUGCUCAUGCUAGCAAAAAUUGUGCAUCCCAUACACUUCUAUCCCGUUGCUGACAUUGUCUUAGAGAAGCUUGGUGAUCCAGAUAAUGAUAUAAAGAACUCAUUCGUGAGAUUGGUUUCUCAUGUCUUGCCCACGGCACUUUAUGCUUGUGGUCUUUAUAAUGUUGGAGCCUAUCCUACUUCUAGGCCCCUUUUGAUGUCUGAUCACAGGUCUAGCCUGCAUUGGAAACAAGUAUUUGCCUUGAAGCAGCUUCCUCAGCAAAUUUAUUUUCAACAACUUAUUUCCAUUUUGAGCUACAUAUCACAAAGAUGGAAAGUUCCUGUUGCGUCAUGGACACAGCGGCUCAUCCAUAGAUGUGGGAGAUGGAAGGACAUUGAUUUGAGUCAGAGUGAGGAAACAGGAAACCUAGGUGCAAAUGGUUUAUGGUUGGACUUCAAGGUGGAUGAUGAGUUUCUUUAUGGUAAUUGCUCAGUUAAUUGUGUAGCUGGAAUCUGGUGGGCCAUUCAUGAAGCAGCUAGAUAUUGUAUUGCUCUGCGUCUACGAACAAACCUUGGUGGGCCUACACAGACUUUUGCAGCACUAGAGCGAAUGCUUUUGGAUAUUGCACAUUUGCUACAGCUUGAUAAUGAACAUAAUGAUGGGAACUUGACGAUGGUUGGGGCUUCUGGAGCACGUUUAUUACCGAUGAGGUUAUUAUUGGAUUUCGUUGAAGCCUUAAAGAAAAAUGUUUAUAAUGCAUAUGAGGGGUCUGCUGUCUUAUCAUCUGCUACUCGCCAAAGUUCCUUGUUUUUUCGAGCGAACAAGAAAGUUUGUGAGGAGUGGUUUUCACGUAUGUGUGAGCCAAUGAUGAAUGCUGGAUUGGCUCUUCAAAGUCAAUAUGGUGCAAUUCAAUAUUGUACUCUGCGUUUGCAGGAGUUCAAGAAUCUUGCUAUGUCACAUAUGAAGGAAAAGUCUAAUUUACAGGUAGGUGAGAACAUCCACAAUAGCAAGAGUAAAUUUACCAGAGAUAUCUUAAGAGUUUUGAGGCACAUGACUCUGGCUCUUUGUAAAAGUCAUGAAGCAGAAGCUUUGGUUGGUCUUCAAAAAUGGGUUGGAAUGACAUUCUCUUCCUUGUUUCUAGAAGAAAAUCAGAGUCUUGAUAACUUCGGUAUGCUAAGACCCUUUUCAUGGAUUACAGGGCUAGUUUAUCAGGCAAGAGGUCAAUAUGAAAAGGCAACUGCUCACUUUAUUCACUUGUUGCAGACUGAAGAAUCACUAGCUUCAAUGGGUUCUGAUGGUGUACAGUUCACCAUUGCCCGUAUUAUUGAGGGGUAUACUGCUAUGGCAGAUUGGAAAUCUUUGGAAUCAUGGUUAUUGGAGUUGCAAUCUCUUCGUUCUAAACAUGCAGGGAAGAGCUACUCUGGUGCUCUAACUACAGCAGGCAAUGAAAUAAAUGCAAUCCAUGCGUUUGCACACUUUGAUGAAGGGGAUUACCAGGCAUCAUGGGCAUGUCUUGGUUUGACGCCUAAGAGUAGCAAUGAGCUAACUCUAGAUCCCAAGCUGGCUUUGCAGAGGAGUGAGCAGAUGCUUUUACAGGCACUACUUUUCCAUAAUGAGGGAAAGAUGGAAAAGGUGUCCCAAGAAAUCCAGAAGGCAAGGGCAAUGCUGGAGGAAACAGUGUCAGUUUUGCCUCUGGAUGGGUUGGAAGAGGCAGCUGCAUUUGCUACACAAUUACAUAGCAUUUCUGCAUUAGAAGAAGGUUGCAAGCUUACAGGCAGUACAGACACAUAUGAACAGUUAAAUUCAAUAUUAAGUGUUUAUGUCCAGUCGGUGCAAUCUUCUUUCUGUAGAGUCAAUCAAGAUUGCAACCCAUGGUUAAAAGUUCUACGGGUUUAUCGAGUUAUCUCGCCAACUUCUCCAGUCACACUGAAACUUUGUAUUAAUUUGUUGAGUUUGGCCCGUAAACAGAAAAACCUAAUGUUGGCAAAUAAUUUAAACAAUUAUCUUCAUGAUCAUAUAUCAAAUUGUUCUGAUGAAAGGCAUUGCCAAUUUCUUCUCUCAAGCUUGCAGUAUGAAAGAAUCUUGCUAAUGCAAGCCGACAACAAGUUUGAAGAUGCUUUCACAAAUAUUUGGUCAUUUGUGCAUCCUUACGUCAUUUCUUUCAAUUCAAUUGAGUCGAACAUUGAUGAUGGUAUUCUGAAAGCAAAAGGAUGCUUAAAACUUUCUCGUUGGUUAAGACAGGAUUUUGAAGCUUUGAACUUGGAUAUUAUUAUACCUAAGAUGAUUGCUGAUUUUAAUGUCACUGGUAAGUCUCCUGGCAGAGGUGAGGUCUCAAUUUGUAAUGAGGACUUACACUCUGGGCCAAGUGUAGGUCUUAUCAUUGAGGAAAUUGUGGGUACAAUGGCUAAAUUGUCCACUCGCCUUUGUCCCACAUUUGGUAAGUCGUGGAUUUCUUAUGCAUCGUGGUGCUUUAGUCAAGCUGAAAGUGCUCUCCGUGCUCCACAUGGAACUGCUCUUGGCGCAUGCUUGUUUUCUUCUAUACUAGAUCCUGAAGUUCUUUCUAACAAAUACAAAUUAACUGAAGACGAAAUCAUGAGAGUGGAACGCUCGAUUUAUCUUCUUUUCCAGAAAGGUUAUGACGCAAAAAUUCUUGAUGAUGAGCAAGUUGAGUGGAACUCUGAGACCAGCUCUGCAGGGGAUAUGAAAUUUGAUGGCAUCGUCAAGGCCUAUUUGCAGCAAGUAAUAAAUAUCAUCGAGACUGCAGCUGGGUUGUCAAACACUGAAAACCCUGGGAAUGAAUGCCUUACUGCUGUAUUUACUUCCCAGUUAAAGUUAUUCUUCCAGCGUGCCACUGUUGACCUAGAUGACAGUAGCACUGUACCCAUAAUUCAGGAUUUGGUAGAUGUUUGGAGGUCUUUGAGGUCUAGAAGAGUGUCUCUCUUUGGUCAUGCUGCUCAUGGAUUUAUACAAUAUCUUUUGUAUUCAUCUAUAAAAGCUUGUGAUGGUCAGCUGGCGGGCUAUGAUUGUCAGUCAAUUAAACAGAAAUCUGGAAAGUACACACUUAGGGCCACAUUAUAUGUCCUACAUAUUCUUCUCAAUUAUGGAGCUGAGUUAAAAGAUUCUCUUGAACCUGCUCUAUCAACAGUCCCACUCUUUCCAUGGCAGGAAGUGACACCACAGUUAUUUGCUCGCCUGAGUUCUCAUCCUGAGAAAAUCGUGAGGAAGCAGUUGGAGGCAUUAGUGAUGAUGCUGGCUAAGCAGUCUCCCUGGUCUGUAGUAUACCCAACACUCGUUGAUGUGAAUUCUUAUGAAGAGAAGCCUUCGGAGGAGCUUCAGCAUAUACUUGGUUGUCUGAAAGAGCAUUAUCCAAGAUUGAUCGAAGAUGUUCAGUUGAUGAUAAAAGAGCUGGAAAAUGUGACUGUACUUUGGGAAGAGCUAUGGCUCAGUACACUUCAAGAUCUUCAGACAGAUGUGAUGAGACGCAUAAAUGUGCUCAAGGAAGAAGCUGCUCGAAUUGCUGCAAAUGUCACUCUCAGCCAGAGUGAGAAAAACAAGAUUAAUGCUGCUAAGUACUCAGCCAUGAUGGCCCCCAUUGUAGUGGCUUUGGAGCGUCGUUUGGCUUCAACAUCUCGAAAACCUGAAACGCCCCAUGAAACCUGGUUUCAUGUAGAGUAUAAAGAACAGCUGAAAUCAGCUAUUUUUACCUUCAAGAAUCCUCCAGCCUCUGCUACAGCGCUUGUUGAUGUAUGGCGGCCAUUUGAUGAUAUUGCAACAUCUUUGGCAUCUUAUCAGAGAAAGUCAUCAAUUUCUUUAACAGAAGUCGCACCUAAGUUAACUUUGUUAUCAUCAUCUGAUGUUCCAAUGCCUGGUUUUGAGAAGCAUGUAAUAUAUUCAGAAGCUGACAGAAGCAUUGGCUCUAAUCUUUCAGGAAUUGUUACAAUUGGUUCUUUUUCAGAACAAGUCACUAUAUUGUCCACCAAGACAAAACCUAAAAAGCUUGUAAUACUGGGUUCUGAUGGACAGACCUACACGUAUCUCUUAAAAGGUAGAGAAGAUCUGCGUCUUGAUGCUAGAAUCAUGCAAAUGCUGCAAGCUAUCAAUAGUUUUCUGUAUUCAUCUCAUUCAACUUACAGUCAAUCUCUCUCUAUUCGCUAUUAUUCUGUAACUCCAAUUAGUGGUAGAGCUGGUCUUAUCCAGUGGGUGAACAAUGUGAUGAGUGUAUAUACUGUAUUCAAGUCAUGGCAACACCGGGUUCAGGUGUCACAACUCUCAGCUGCCGGUAGCAAUUUAAACGGCUCUGUUCCUCCACAGCUUCCUCGACCGAGUGAUAUGUUUUAUGGUAAAAUCAUACCGGCACUUAAAGAGAAAGGCAUAAGGAGAGUAAUUUCACGUAGAGAUUGGCCCCAUGAAGUCAAACGUAAAGUUCUUUUGGAUCUAAUGAAGGAGGUUCCUAGACAACUUCUUUAUCAAGAACUGUGGUGUGCUAGUGAAGGCUUCAAAGCUUUCAGUACGAAAUUAAAAAGGUAUGCUGGAAGUGUUGCAGCAAUGAGUAUGGUGGGACACAUUCUGGGCUUAGGUGAUAGACAUCUGGAUAAUAUCCUUAUGGAUUUCUCUACUGGAGAUGUUGUACAUAUUGACUAUAAUGUCUGUUUUGAUAAAGGGCAGAAACUGAAAGUUCCAGAGAUUGUUCCUUUUCGUCUCACCCAAACUAUGGAAGCAGCUUUAGGACUGACAGGAAUAGAAGGCACCUUCAGAGCAAACUGUGAGGCAGUGAUAGAUGUUCUGAGAAAGAACAAAGACAUACUCCUAAUGCUGCUAGAAGUUUUUGUGUGGGAUCCCCUUGUGGAAUGGACACGUGGUGAUUUGCAUGAUGAUGCAACUAUAGGUGGUGAAGAAAGAAAAGGCAUGGAGUUGGCUGUUAGCUUGAGUUUAUUUGCAUCUCGUGUGCAAGAAAUUCGUGUCCCGUUGCAGGAGCAUCAUGAUCUUUUAUUGGCUACCCUACCAGCUGCUGAGUCUGCUCUUGAGGGUUUUUCAAAUGUCCUAAAUCACUAUGAGCUUGCCUCGACGCUCUUUUAUCAAGCUGAACAAGAAAGAUCAAACAUACUUUUGAGUGAAACAUCAGCUAAGUCAGUUGUUGCUGAUGCAACAUCUAAUGCAGAGAAAGUUCGAACAUUAUUUGAAAUGCAGGCUCGAGAGCUUGCUCAAGCAAAAGCUAUCGUUUCUGAAAAAGCUCAAGAGGCAUCAACCUGGAUUGAGCAACAUGGAAGAGUCCUUGAUAAUUUAAGGAGCAAUAUGAUUCCAGAAGUAGAUACUUGUUUUAAUAUGAGAACAGUUGGAGAAGCUUUGUCACUUAUAUCUGCAGUUACGGUGGCUGGAGUUCCAGUAACAGUUGUUCCUGAGCCCACACAAGUGCAAUGCCAUGAUAUAGACAGGGAAAUUUCUCAGCUUAUAGUUGCACUGAGCGAUGGACUUUCUUCUGCUAUAUCUGCAAUUCAAGUUUAUUCUGUUUCUUUGCAGAGAUUUUUACCUCUAAACUAUGUAACAACUAGUGUAGUUCAUGGAUGGGCUCAGGCUUUACAAUUAUCUAAGAAUGCCCUCUCCUCCGAUGUUAUCUCUCUUGCUAGAAGACAAGCUACUGAACUUAUUAUAAAAGCAAACGAUAAUAAUAAUGAUUCUAUACCCGUCGGUCAUGAUAAUAUGUGUGCUCAAGUGGAGAACUACGCUAAGGAAAUUGCAAAAAUAGAAGAAGAGUAUUACGAGCUCCGGACCUCUAUUGGAACUGAAACUGAAUUGAAAGCUAAAGAUCGCCUUCUAUCAACUUUUAUGAAGUACAUGCUUGCUGCUGGCCUUGUAAGGAGAGAAGAAGCUGUUACAUUUCUUCAGUUGGGGCGGCUUACACGUGAUGGGAGAAAGGACUCCAAUAUGCAGGUGGAGCUGGUGGAGGGAAAGGAGAAAAAGGAAAAGCUACUAACUAAUAUUAAUGUUGCUCUGGAUGUUCUAUAUGGCGAGGUUAGGGGAAGAUUACUGGGCAUUUUCAAUGAUAUGAAUGAUGGGAGACAAGUGAAUAAAACUUCAACUCAUGAUUUUGAUGUUGUUUUCUCCAAUCUAGAAGAGCAAGUCGAGAAAUGUGUGCUUUUGUCAGAGUCUCAUACUGAAUUACAGGACUUGAUCAAUGAUAAUGUAAUGAGCAUGGAAAACACAAAUAAAGAUCGGCCUGGGAAUCGUUCUCAUAGAAACUGGACUUCCACUUUUAAUGUCAUGUUGUGUUCUUUCAAAGAUCUGAUAGGAAAAAUGACUGAGGCUGUUCUACCUGAUAUAAUUAGAUCUGCUAUUUCAGUGAAUUCAGAAGUUAUGGAUGCACUUGGAUUGGUCUCACAAAUUCGAGGAUCUAUUGAUACAGCACUAGAACAGUUUCUGGAGGUUCAAAUAGAGAAGGCAUCUUUAGUUGAAUUGGAAAGGAAUUAUUUUGUUAACGUUGGCCUCAUUACAGAAAAACAGUUGGCUCUUGAGGAAGCUGCUGUUAAGGGCAGGGAUCAUCUCUCUUGGGAAGAGGCCGAGGAGCUUGCUUCAGAAGAGGAAGCUUGCAGGGCACAACUGAAUCAACUCCAUCAAACAUGGAACCAGAGAGAUGUACGCAGCUCAUCUCUUGCAAAGAGGGAAACUAAUUUAGUAAAUGCAUUAGCUUCUUCAGAAUGCCAAUUUCAAUCUAUAAUUGGUGCAGCACUGGACAAGGAGGUUUUUACGAAAGGCAACACUCUGUUGGCCAAUUUAGUCAAACCAUUCUCUGAAUUGGAAUCUAUUGAUGAAGUCUGGUCUUCCUCUGGAAUUUCUUUCGCAUCUCACUCAAACGGGGUUCCUAAAUUGUCAGAUGUGUUGAGUUCUGGGUACCCAGUAUCUGAAUUUGUUUGGAGGUUUGGUGACUUGUUGAGCAGUCAUUCUUUCUUUAUUUGGAAAAUCUGUGUUGUUGAUUCUUUUCUUGACUCAUGCAUACAUGAAAUAGCUUCAGCCGUGGAUCAAAAUUUUGGAUUUGACCAGCUCUUUAAUGUUAUGAAGAAAAAGCUUCAGCUUCAGCUUCAAGAAUAUAUAUAUAGGUACCUUAAAGAACGGGCUGUUCCUACAUUGUUGGCUUGGUUAGAUAAAGAAAAGGAAAAUUUAAAGCAGCAUGAUCAACAAACGGAAGAUUUUGAAUCCAUUGAGAGGAUCCGAUGCAUGCUUCAGGAACAUUGCAAUGUGCAUGAAACUGCUAGAGCGGCGAGGUCUGCAGCUUCACUUAUGAGAAGACAGAUGAAUGAGCUCAAAGAGGCUCUUCAAAAGACUAGUCUGGAAAUUAUUCAAAUGGAGUGGAUACAUGACACAGCUUUGACUCCUUCACAAUUAAAUAGGGCCACCUUGCAGAAAUUUCUCUCUGUCGAGGAUAGUCUAUACCCUAUUAUUCUAAACCUUAGCAGAUCUGAAUUGUUGGGAAGUUUACGAUCUGCUGCUUCAAAGAUAGCCAAGUCAAUUGAAGGCUUAGAAGCUUGUGAUCGAGGUUCUCUUACAGCUGAAGCUCAACUCGAGAGAGCAAUGGGGUGGGCCUGUGGUGGCCCAAAUACUGGUCCCGUGAUAAAUACUUCUGCUAAAGCUUCAGGAAUUCCUCCUCAAUUCCAUGAUCAUAUCUUGAGGCGGAGGCAGUUGCUAUGGGAUACUAGAGAAAAGGGAUCAGAUAUUAUUAAGAUUUGCUUGUCAAUAUUGGAAUUUGAAGCAUCAAGAGAUGGUAUCCUUCAAUUUCCAGGAGAUCAUGCUUAUAGUACAGACAGUGAUAGCAGGGCAUGGCAGCAAGCUUACUUGAACGCUAUAACACUGUUGGAUGUUUCUUAUCACUCCUUUGCCCGUACUGAACAAGAAUGGAAGCUUGCAGAACGAAGCAUGGAGGCUGCUUCAAAUGAAUUAUAUUCUGCAACCAACAAUCUUCGCAUUGCCUCUCUUAAAGUGAAGUCAGCUUCAGGUGAUUUACAAAGCACUCUUCUCAGUAUGCGAGAUUGUGCCUAUGAAGCAAGUGUUUCACUCUCAGCAUUUGGUAGCGUCUCAAGGAACCACACUGCUUUGACCUCUGAGUGCGGUUCCAUGCUGGAAGAGGUACUGGCAAUAACUGAAGAUCUGCAUGAUGUUCAUAAUUUGGGAAAGGAGGCUGCUGUAAUUCACUGUCGUCUUAUUGAAGACGUUUCAAAGGCAAAUUCUGUCCUCCUCCCCCUUGAGGCAAUGUUGUCGAAGGAUGUUGCUGCCAUAAUUGAUGCUAUGGCAAGAGAAAGAGAGAUCAAGAUGGAAAUAUCACCGAUACAUGGACAAGCUAUAUAUCAGUCCUAUUGUUUGAGAAUUAGGGAGGCCUGUCAGAUGUUUAAGCCCUUGGUUCCUCCUCUUACGUUAUCUGUGAAGGGGCUGUAUUCCAUUUUUACCAGGCUUGCACGAACUGCAAGUCUCCAUGCUGGCAAUCUUCAUAAAGCUCUUGAAGGACUUGGAGAAAGCCAGGAAAUAAAGUCGGAGGGAAUUGGCGUGAGUAGGUCUGAGUUCAAUAGUGAUGGGGAUGCAGCUGACUUUGAAAAGGAGACAGAAAGCUUCUCCUUGUCUGUUAGUGGGAGCAGCGAAGGUAUCCCUGAUGUUACUGGACUUUCUUUGCAAGAUAAAGGAUGGAUAUCCCCACCUGAUAGUUUCUGCAGUAGUAGCUCUGGAUCUGGCAUUACCUCUGGUAGCUUUCCAGACAGCUCCAAUGACCUAACAGAAGAGAUGGAACAGCAUUGGAAUGGUGCUAGUAACAGAGAAGACAAGACUUAUCCGAAGAUUGCCUCAUUUUCUCAAACUGACAAUGGAAAAAUCUCACGUUUAGAAGAGUCCGAAUCAAAAUAUACGGAUGGCGAUGAAACCUGUUUUAGGAAGUCAUCAACCAAUGAGUUGAAUGGAGGUGUAAAAAUUGUUGCCUCAUCAUCUGAUGAAUCUACUGUAGUUCCUGCUAUCACAUCAUAUCCAUUGACUGAGACUGGUGAAAAGCUGGGGGAGGAAAGUGGUAUAUCCUCAUUAGAUAAGAGGUUGGAUGAUGAAAACCACAAGGUACCUCCUGCUCAGAAGGCUGCUUGGAGUCGUGCAAACAGAGGUAGAAAUGCAUAUGCAAUAUCCGUUUUACGGCGUGUUGAGAUGAAACUCAAUGGUCUAGACAGUGCUGAUAACAGAGAACUUAGCAUUGCCGAGCAAGUGGAUUAUCUACUUAAACAAGCAACUAGUGUAGACAAUCUCUGCAACAUGUAUGAAGGUUGGACUCCAUGGAUUUGAAAUUUGACCCAGAGAACCUUGGAUACCUGUACUGAUGGAUAAGUGAUGUUCUUCAAGAUUCAGAUCGGCACCAAGUUCAUUAAUCCAUAAGGUUGAAGGACAUGCUGGGGUAUGGGGCAAGUUACACCCAUUCCGGACGCGACAGUUGCUGCAUCAGUAAUGCCCCACAGACAAUUUUUCAUUUAAUCACAUGGGCUUCUUGGUCUUACAUGGGCAAGAAAUUGACCGCUAAUUGCUCGACAAGCUGGUUUAAGAUCCUUAUUUCUAUCUUUGAGUUGUGCUCCUGAACUAUUGAGGUUGCCUGAAGUGUGUUCAACAUUCCGCACACUCCAACAUGCCACCCCCGCCUUAGCCCGAGGUAGGCAAUAUUGGAAAAUUAUGCGAAUUCCCCAAAGUCAGCAUACUUCUCAGGCUGUGGAGUUCCUUAAAAAUGGGACCAACCUUUACACCAUCUGGCAUCUGAGACUUUAUACAGAAUGGCAAUACUGCAACGUUGAUGCGUUGAGGAAUUCUCUGUUAUUCGUAGGAUAUCUUGGACGUUGAUGCUUUGAGGGGUAUUGGUCCUUGGAAACAUGCCAUUACAUGAGGUUUUUAUUACAAUGUUUCUGGAAACUGUAUCAGCAAUGAAUUCCUUAGGUAGGAAAUUGAAUAAUGUAAUUAACUAUUGUGUCAGGUAGGCAAAUAUCUCUUCUCCCAUUCAAACAGAUUAUAAUUUAUCAUUCCAUGUGAAAAUUGGAAUGUAAAUGUAAACCAUACUGUAAAUCGUCAAAGUCUUUUAUGCUUCACAUGAAGUCAUACCAUUCGACGAUGUUCCAAAGAUUAGUUGAGAUGAUGGGCGAUUUGUGAUGUUAGCAAAUCAUUUCAAUCAACACUGCUCAGUUCCAUAUUAUAGUUGUUUAAGAGAUUUAGUUGAA